AUGUGGAGUUCCCCAAGGGUGGAGUUCCUAUUGGGUGCCAGCUGUCGGCAGAAGAAGGUGCUGGUGCUGGGCCUUCUGACGUCACUGAAGGAAGGGAAAUACCACCUGGAGGACGACACCGGACACAUCGAACUGGACCUCUCCAACGCAAGCUUCCACUCAGGCCUGUUCACCGUCAACUGCUUUGUGCUGGUGGAGGGCUGCUACGAGGACAAUGUGUUGCAUGCGGAGGCCGUGGGUUUGCCGCCCCCCGAGCUGCCCGCCGUAACAAGGGAGCGGAUGAGCAUGAAGAACGAGAACUACUUCGGCGGCUCAGCUCGGAAGAACGUAAAGACCGACCCGCAGCUACACCAGUUGGAGAAGGAGAACGGCGAGGCGAUGUUUGUGGUGCUCUCGGACGUGUGGCUCGACAAGUUGGAGGUUAUGGAGAAGCUGCGGGUGCUGUUCAGUGGCUACGCGCAGGUCCCCCCAACGGCCUUCAUCCUCUGCGGGAACUUCUUCUCCGAGUGGCAGAGCAGGAAAAAGCUUGAGGAGAUGCAGAAAGCCUUCACAGCGCUGGGCAACCUCAUCGCCGAGUUCCCCGACCUGGCCGCCAACACUCGCUUCAUCUUCGUGCCGGGACCCAGCGACCCGGGACCAUCAACCAUCUUUCCCAGGCCGCCGCUGCCCAGGUGUGUCACUGAGCCCCUGCGGAAGAAGGUUCGCUCGGCCGUCUUCGCCACCAACCCUUGCCGGCUGGUCUACUGUACGCAGGAGAUGGUGGUGCUGCGGGAGGACCUGGUGGGAAAGAUGUGCCGGAACUCUGUCCACUUCCCGCAGGACUGUGAUCUCGCGCCUCAUGUUGCCAGGACCAUCGUGAACCAGUGCCACCUCGCCCCGCUGCCGCUCCACACAGUGCCGGUCUACUGGAACUUCGAUCACUGCAUGUCGCUCUACCCCACACCAGACGUCAUCAUCAUCGCCGACAAGGACAAGGCUUUUAGCACCACCCACAGCGGCACCACAGUAUUCAACCCGGGCUCCUUCUUCAGCAGCGAGUCUCCUUUCAAGGUGUAUUUCCCCUCGGCGCGGAGACAAGGUGUGUGA